UGAUCGAACUUGAAAAAUCGCGGAACGAACUUGAAGUCGAGAACCGUAAGACUGAACAGAAACGUUUCGAACUGCAAGUCGAACAAGAGAAGACCCGUCGGAUGAUUUUGGAACAAGAACGUGAACGCGAAAAAGUCCCUCCUGAUGAGGUCAGCACAUACUUGAACACGAUUGACAAGCCCGAACCAAAUCAAGGUGAAACGAAAAUGCAAAAUUGGUUCAAUGAUCUUGUGGAUAUUUUGAAUGAAACAUGGAAAGUGAGUGCAGUAGACACUCACAACAAUCCGUACCUCAGCGGGCUCAAGCCAGACAUCAGCAUAUUUGAUCCCCAAAAAAUAUCUGAUGGUGCCUCUAUUCCAAUGUUUGUCCGAACAGUCCUAGAGCUGAAGCAACGAAAAAGUGAAACUUCGAACUUUGGCAAUGAAGACAAGGGUCAGCUGAUUGACUACAUUCAGAUUCUCGACCAUUAUGAAUAUGGGCAGUAUUCAGAAUAUUCAACUACCUUCACAGAGGGUAUUAGGUUGUUUUUCAACAUCCUUGAUAUUGAAUCAGUAUUGCUUGAUCUUAAUAUGCCAAAUGUGAACCCAGCUGGAGUAAUUCUGAGGAGAUUUCUUGGGCAAGGCUCAUCAGGACUAGUAGAUGUCUGGCCUUCAAACAUCAUGUACAUGAUGGAUUCACAAGGCAAUGUUAUGCUGAUUGACUGGGGGUCUGCAAUUAAGUUAACUACUGGGUUACCUAGUCUUGUUGAUUAUGAAGGAACCAUAACCUAUGCAUCACCUGCUAUCUUGGCAAAUAAUCUAGAAAGACACAUACCCCAAAUAUCUGAUGAUCUUCAUUCCUUUGUUCACACAAUGUUCAAAUUACUACAUCCAACAUUCAAGCUAGGCAUUAUUAAAACUGCAAGAUCUAUUGAGGAUUUCUGGAACAAGGCUUUUAAUUCUGUGUUCUGGAAUGACAUGGUAAAAGCAGCAGAUAGGUUAAGGUGUCAGUAUGAUGACCUGAAACAA